AUGACCUACCAUGAAAUGCUUGGGGCGCAAUACGAGCCAAAUCCAUUCGUAGUGGACACUGUAGAGAUUAAACAACGCUUUCGAGAUCUCCAGUCUGUCGUGCACCCGGAUCGCUGGGUAGGGAAGGGAUCUGAGAGGCAGGAUGCAGCAGCGACCAUGUCGGCCCGCAUAAACGAAGCACUUCAUCGCUUGUCAAACCCCCUCCUGCGCGUCGAAUACAUCCUCGCGCAUGAGGGCCAUGCAGGGGAAGAAACGGACAAAUUAGAAGACCCCACACUCCUGAUGGAAAUUCUUGAGAUGCGAGAGCUGGUAGAGGGUGCUGAAUCCCGAGAGGUCGUCGACGAAGUGAGGUCGGAGAAUGCUGUCAAGCUAGAGGAGACUGUGCAGGAGAUAGAACAGCUGGUCGGGGAGAAGGACUGGGCUGCAGUGAAAAGUGCUGCGGUGAAACUUAAAUAUUUACAAGGCAUAGAACAGGCUGCCGCUGCAUGGCCGCAUCGAUUCAACGACCAUUGA